ACCAGGGAAGCUGAAACGGAGAGAGAGGAAAACAGAGUGAGUGAUAGAGUGAGUGAGAGAAGGAGGGAAGGAAACAUGGUAAGAACACCUUGCUGUGACAAGAGCGGACUUAGGAAAGGAACCUGGACUCCAGAGGAAGAUAGAAAACUAAGUGCUUAUGUCACCAGAUAUGGCUGCUGGAAUUGGCGCCAACUCCCAAAGUAUGCAGGUCUGGCAAGAUGUGGGAAGAGUUGCCGGCUGCGAUGGAUGAAUUACUUAAGGCCAAACAUCAAAAGAGGAAAUUACAGCAAGGAAGAAGAAGAGACUAUCAUCAGAUUACACGAGUCACUGGGAAACAGGUGGUCUGCCAUUGCUGCCCAGUUACCUGGAAGAACAGACAAUGAGAUAAAGAACCACUGGCAUACAACUCUCAAAAAGCGCUUUAAACAUAAGCCAUCAGUACCAAAAAAUGAGAAAGAUAACCCCCGAGAUCCAAUCAAGCGUGGGACAAGUAAAGAGACAGAAUUCGAAACAAAGCUUGAUAAUCAUCUUCUGAUUAAUUCCACAAGUCCUCCAUUAAUUCUUGAAAGCUCACUAUCAUCCCCGCAACCAGCCUCAAGCGAUCAAAACUCCUCCAUCACAACAGACAACACAGUUGUAUCCAGCAAAGACUCAGUUCAUAUAAACAACAAGGCUUUGCUUGAAGCCUAUGAGGCUAAUAGUGGAAAUUUCUGGACAGAACCAUUUUUCUCAGACAGUUGUUUUAUGUCAAGUGAUAUGUUGUUACCCAUGAUGGAUCCUGCACGCUAUGAAGCUCAUGAAUUUCCUUUUCUUGAUGGAGAAAUCUUAUGCCCGUUUGGUUUCUACGAUCAGCUUCAAGGCUUGAACUUCUAAUUAAAACAGUAAAACCAGCUUUGUUUAUUGGUUUUAUCUUCCCUAUGUUACUUCUUGCUGAUGGGCUUUCUGGGUCUUAUCUUACUCGGCCUUUGUUUUGUCUGAAGUGAUGUAUGGGGCUGUAAAGAGUUCACACUUUUUUUUUAGAACAGAUAAGGAUAUCUAAUAAAAAGAAAAAAAAAAAACAAUGUCCUGCUUUCGGCUUUUGUCUA